CAGAGUGGAGAGUGGCUGGGACGGCGCGGCCUGAGGCGGACGGGCCAGGCUGGGUCGAGCAGUGCUGGGUAGAACAGGGCGGGACCGGCCGACCGGCGCUGGGAGUGGCUCUGCUGGAGAGCCUCGUCAGCGCGGUGCUUCGUGAGACUGAAGGUCCAGUAUUUACAAGAUACCAGACUCCAAACUUGGACAACUAGACAUGUCUAGCACAUACGAUGAUUCUCUUGGAUUUGAGGUUUCUAGUGAUAGUUUCUGGGAGGUUGGAAAUUAUAAGCGGACGGUAAAACGCAUUGAAGAUGGUCAUAGACUUUGCAGUGAUCUCAUGAACUGUAUUCAUGAGCGUGCUAGAAUAGAGAAGUCCUAUGCUCAGCAGCUAACAGAAUGGGCAAAAAGGUGGAAGCAACUUGUAGAGAAAGGUCCUCAGUAUGGAACAGUUGAAAAGGCUUGGCACGCAUUUAUGCUUGAAGCGGAAAAAGUGAGCGAGCUACACCUUGAUGUAAAAGGUGCCCUAAUGAAUGAAGACUAUGAAAAGAUUAAAAACUGGCAAAAGGAGGCCUUUCACAAGCAGAUGAUAGGUGGAUUUAAGGAGAUGAAAGAAGCAGAAGAUGGCUUUAGGAAAGCCCAGAAGCCCUGGGCCAAAAAAAUGAAAGAGGUGGAAGCUUCCAAGAAAGCAUACCAUGCGGCCUGCAAAGAAGAAAAACUUGCAGUAUCCAGAGAGGCUAACAGUAAAGCUGACCCAACCCUGAACCCAGAACAGCUGAAGAAAUUGCAGGACAAAAUGGAUAAAAGCAAACAGGAUGUGCUGAAGACAAAAGAAAAGUAUGAAAAAUCUCUUAAAGAGUUGGACAAUGCAACACCGCAGUAUAUGGAAAACAUGGAGCAAGUUUUUGAGCAAUGUCAGCAGUUUGAAGAAAAACGCCUCCGUUUUUUCCGAGAAGUGCUGCUGGAAGUUCAGAAACAUCUGGACUUAUCUACUAUUGGAAGCUACAAAAAUAUUUAUUGCGAACUGGAGCAGAACAUCAAAGGAGCUGAUGCUGUUGAAGAUCUGAGGUGGUUCAGGGCCAAUCAUGGUCCAGGCAUGUCGAUGAACUGGCCACAGUUUGAGGAUGAAGAAUGGUCAGCUGACCUGAACCGCACUCUCAGCAGACGAGAGAAGAAAAAGGCUACAGAUGGCGUGACCCUGACUGGCAUUAACCAGAUGGGAGACCAGCACAACAAAAACAGCAGCAACCUUAGUGUCCCGUGUAACACAGUGCAGUCAGUACAGUCAAGUUACAAUCCCUUUGAAGACGAAGAGGAUACUGGAAGUACUAUCAGUGAAAAGGAGGACAAUAAAAUCAAAAAUGUUAGCAGCUCUGAGAGAAACCAAAGUUACCCCACCGAGUGGUCUGAUGAAGAAACCAGCAAUCCGUUUUCCUCCACGGAUGCACAAGCAGAAACAAAUCCUUUUGAUGAGGAAGAGGCCUCACCUACCUUGGAGGUGCGAGUUCGAGCCCUGUAUGAUUAUGAAGGUCAAGAGCAUGAUGAGCUCAGCUUUAAGAUUGGGGAAGAGCUAACUAAAAUAGAAGAUGAAGAUGAACAGGGCUGGUGCAAGGGACGUCUGGAUAGUGGACGAGUUGGUCUAUAUCCAGCAAACUACGUGGAACCAAUACAGUGACGACUUACCUUUAUAAGUACUGCAGAAAUUGUUAAUCUGCACAAUAUGUGUGGCUCAAAAUGAGGGGGGACACAAUAUGUAUGUAUAUUUUUUUUGUAAUGCCAAUUGAAUGAUGAACUGAGUUCUUGUCUGCAGAGAAAUCAUCUAACAAAGUCAAGCAAAAUGGACUGGGGGAAAUGUUGUGCCACUUAUACACAGCACAAACAACCAGGACAGAGUGAAAAAAAAAACCGGCAAGGAAAUGAUCUCUUAGCCCUUGUUGCCAAUUUCCUCCAUCAUGAGUUAAUGCCUUCCAGCAUUCUUUGUUGUGGCCUUAUUUGACUAUGGUUUAAUCACUUAUUUUAAAUGAACUUCAGUUAUUUGCAACUUGAUUUUUUUAAAAUUACAGUUCAUUUUGUAUCUGUUCAUAGGGAAAUCUGAAAGAUGUAAUUUUUAAAAUGUAAAGGCCAUGUGCCACCUUUUCAUGCUUAUUUACUGAAUUAUUACUACUUCAAUUAUGACUCAGAUGUUUUGCAAAAUACUCCUUCCAUGCGUCUACACUGUGUCUUCCCAUGCUAUCUGGACCAGAGAAUGUUGUCGGUGUUCAGUGUCUGUUACAGAGUAUCGUAGCAGAAUUGUCUCUAAAUACUGCAAUUUGAGUGUUUCUUGUUGAUGCUUCCAAUGUGUUUUAAUAGCUGACAUAUUAAUUUUCUGAAUGAUGACUUUGGGGGACAUUUCUUUGAAAAAAAGUUAAGCCAGUUUCCACCAAAUUUUUGCUGAGAAAUUUUUCUUUGCCAGUUGUUAAUUAUUGUGUGAUUUGGAAAGUUAAAUAUAUAUGAUUAUUUUUUCAAGCAAGAAACUGUAAAAUAGAUAAAUGCUUUUAUUAAGAUGUUCUUUCAGUUGUGUAUAUGUAUAUAUGAUUUGAUAGAAAUGUAAAGAGCAUGUCAUAACUAACUAGGCUUUUAUUGAUUGUGGGUUAGUUUGAUCUGCUAGUGUGAAUUUUCACUAAUGGGAGUUUGCUAUAGACCUCAAUGGACUAUGCAUUGCCUCCUUAGAGUAAACAGAGCAGUUUCAGUUGUAGGCUUAUUGAAAGUUGCUCUGUUAGUGCAUACUCCGCUGGCUGUAAGAUAGACCAGUGGCUCAUUUCAGUGCACAAAAGGAACAGCAUUAGGAGGGGAUCUCUUUGGGCAUAAUGGAAACCUAGUCUCUGCUGUGGAUUAUUGUAGCAGAACACUGUAAAAUCUUCCUACUACUUGUUCGCAAUGGCAAACCAGCUACAGAAGUAUCAAAUUGUAUAUCUUGGAAUAGCUGAAUUGCGAACCUGUAAAACAAAUUGCUUUAUAGAAAAGCUAAAUAUCAGGUAAGUAGAAAUGCUAUGUUAGGAAACUACACUGUAAUUGAAGUAACAUGUUAAUGCUGUAAAUGCUCCCUGGUUAUUCCAUUUGCUUGUGUAGACUGAUAUAUUUAUUACUCUCUAAAGUAAAAUUAUAUAUCCAGCUAAGAACUAGAUCUUUCUGUUACAAUAUUCUGACAGAGUUGUUAAUUUAGCAAAAGGCGAUUCACCAGAACUGGUCAGGAAUAAGAGUGUGGAAUAUUUUUCUGUGCAGUACAAUAUUUUAGAAAUAAUAAAAUCUUUAAAAUACUGAA